ACACAAUAGUCUCUAAAAAACAGGUUGAAAAAGCUGCCCUAACGGAGAGUAAUAUGGAAAGUUCUGGAAGAAUGAUCAAACUGAGAUCACAUGAUGUAAAUAUACCUGACCUGGUAGAUAUAGAAAUUGUAUUCCAGCUACAAAAUGUAAAUGUAGGUUAG